CUACGAGCGCUUGAAACGUUAUUUCGUUACCACUUUGGCCCUCCCCUGUCGUGUGGCUUGCUUGGCAUUACUGCCUGUAUAAUUUAAGCGUCCUUUAUUUAUUUUAAUUUUUUUUUCUUCGACCUUCCGGGCUAUCCGAGCUGGAGGGUUUUCGGCGCAAACUGAGCUGAAGUGUUCCUGGCCAGUUGACGCUGACCUGCGAGGUUGAGCGAACACCGGCAAGAGACAUGCGUGCCGUGCUUAGGAACUGCCUGCCAUGUCUGGAAUUGCGAUCGCUCGACUCUCGGAAGAGCGGAAAGCCUGGAGGAAAGACCACCCUUUUGGGUUCGUUGCGCGACCAACAAAGAACUUGGACGGCACAUUAAAUCUACUCAAUUGGGAGUGUGCCAUCCCAGGGAAACAAGGGACACCCUGGGAAGGCGGCCUAUACAAGCUGCGCAUGGUCUUCAAGGAUGACUACCCAUCGACGCCACCCAAGUGCAAGUUCGAGCCGCCUCUUUUCCACCCCAACGUGUACCCGUCGGGUACAGUGUGUCUGUCGUUGCUUGACGAGGAGAAGGACUGGAGACCUGCCAUCACCAUAAAGCAGAUCCUGUUGGGCGUGCAAGACCUGCUCAAUGAGCCCAAUGUCAAGGACCCGGCUCAGGCGGAGGCGUACACCAUCUAUUGCCAAAACGCUCUGGAGUACGAGAAGCGCAUCCGAGCACAAGCGAAACAGAUGGCAUCAUCAGAGUGAAAGGUGAAAAAAAAAAAAAAGACUGUCCUUGCUGUCGACUGGCUGUCACUUGGAGGAGAGCUUCGUGAUUGGGCCAUGCUGCACAACCCGACUUCGCCACUGGUUCUGACUGGCAUCAAUUGGGCUCUUUAUAUCUUAAGUUACUGUAAAUAAAGUCAUUUUUUUACUGUA